UCACUUCUCUAACGGUUGUGGGAGAUUAUUCAUACAAUUUGUCAUCGUUUUUGAAUUACACAGGAAGGGAGUUUCAUAAUGUGAUAUGAAGGUAUUUCGAUUUUCGGACGAUCGUUUGGAGAUUUUGUGAUUUUUUGUGUCAUAUCUUAUGUGGUCAGAAUCAGGUAGAUCAUACCUGGUUUAUUGAUUUCUAAUUAGCUCUGAAUCGCCGUACAACGGUGUAAACACAUUCAAAAUGGCGGAAUCGGUACAGUUUACAAAUAUUACCUGUGUGUGUUGUAUUUUAGCGACUAUUGUGUUCACUCUUUUUCAUUCAGUGACAUCGGAAUCCUAUACAACUGUGAUUGUACCUUACAAAGCUGACAUCGGGUACAAAAUAUUAAAACUUGGUUGUACUAAAUCUGACCUACAACUGAGAACCAAAGACCCUUUUGGAGACUUUUAUGACAAUUUUGUCCUGACUGACCGCGGGGAUCUGGUCCUGAGAAGGACGAUCCCUCACCGAGUGGGUCAGAGUUACAAACUGACCCUCCUAUCUCACUCUAACUGUUAUGAUAAUGUCCCCACAAAAAGGACGUUUUUGAUACAUGUUGCUCCCUCAGAAAUUGAUGUGUUCUCAGAGAGACUCUACACAGGGUAUGUAGUGACCAAAGGCAAACAAGGACCAGUCGUCACUAUCCCAGUACACAAAGUACCACAGCAAGAGUUUGUUUUGCGGGGAUUUUAUUCGAAUUAUUUUAAAAUUCUACCCAAUGAGUUUAAUGACGAAAUCCAUGUUGUUCUGGACAAUGAGUUCCCUUCAAAAACCUCAAAACGUGCAUUUUAUUUUACCCUUUUAUCCAAAGUUGGUAGUGCAAUUACUGGUCAUACUAAUGUUGAGAUUCUUCGUGUUGACAAACCUCACAUGAAAAAUACAAAUUUGCCAUCAGUGUCAAACAAUAACCUGAGGUCAAAUCACCUCACUGCCAAGUUUGAACAAGAUCUGUCAAACAAUGUAGAUUCUCACGCUCUUCGACUCAAACGACAAGCUCCAAACAUUCCUAAGCAACAAACGACCGUGCCUAUAGACGAGAACGCUGUGGGGGUACUUUUUACUGUGGAUUCUGGACAACCCCAGGGGACCCAAGUUCGAUUUGAGAUUCGUUCAUCGGUCCCGGAAGAUAUUUUUGUGAUUGACCCAACAACUGGAGAAGUAACCUUAAAAACUACCGCCAAACUUGAUUAUGAUUAUGGUGGGGUCAAGCAACACGUCAUAAACAUUGAUGUCAAACGACUGGAAGACGACACAGUUUUGCAGCAAGUAGAAGUGACCGUUAAUGUACAAGAUGUGAAUGAUGAACCACCCCGAUUUAUCACAAAGCCUGUCCCAUACCUGGCUGUCGUGGCUACAGAUGCUCAGGCAGGUGUGUCCGUUUUCCAGAUCCAGGCAGAAGACGUUGAUGGAGGACCUGGUGCAGUCAAAUACUUCAAAGAGAAUGAUGGGAGUAGUCCUUAUUUUGAGGUUGCCCAGGACACUGGCAUCAUCCGGACAACAGAGGUGAUAACUAGUGGUCUGGACUACGUUAUCAAAGUGUAUGCCAUCGACUCCAAGGCCGAGACUCAACAAAAGACCGGCCCAGUCAACAUCAACAUCCGUCGUGGACAGAGACCGCCCCAGUUCUACUCCACUUCUUACGAAGCCUCGGUAGAAGAAUCGGACCAAGUAGAUCAGGCUGCCUCUGAAAACAGGUUUCAGGCUUUUGAUGCAGAUGGAAACAAAGUAUCAAUCCAAGCUAAGAAUUUUCAAGUGGGCGGGACCAUCAUAUACUCUGUGUACGAGUCAGACACUGCGAUAUCUACACGGUUUGCCAUAGAGGACGGAAUGGUGAAGACUCUGAGAACACUGGAUUACGAGACUGACAGUCGACAGUUUGAUCUGACGGUCCGUGCUGCAGACACGGUCUCUGGAGGUAGCAGCGACGUACCGCUGAAAGUUACUCUACUGGAUAGAAAUGAAUAUGCUCCCCUCUUCAGUAAAUCCACGUUCACUGCGACAGUGAAGGAAGACAUUCCAAUAGGAACCUCUGUCAUUGAAGUAUCUGCAUCAGACAAAGAUGGCAGUACCGUUCUGUCGUACACCCUGACGGAUCCCACGUUCUCAAUCACCACUGCUGGCAACACACAAGUCGGAGUUAUCCGAACUAAUGGGACCCUCGAUUAUGACAGAAAAUUCCCUCAUUACUACGAAUUUAAAGUGAUAGCUUCGGACAACGGUGUUACCCCACGCACUGCUGAAGCUCGCGUGAUUAUCACAACAACAAACACAAACGACCAAGCUCCAGAAUUCGAUGACAAUAAAGUAGCGACUCUGAUGGGAAACGCCCCUUCUGGCUCGACGGUCAUCAUCGUCCGUGCUGUGGACCAGGAUGGAGAUGGUGUGACCUACAGUUUUGAAGGUGGACGAACAGUUAGUGAUGUUUUUGAAAUAGAUCCGUCUUCAGGUCGAAUUAGUCUGAGGCAGGGUCAGUCUCCCCCUUCGGACAGGGACCAGAUCUUCCUGAAUGUCACGGCGAGGGACGACGGAUCCUGCUGUGACAAUCCUCAGAACAUCCGGAGCAGCACGGCUCUGAUUACGAUUAACAUUGAGGACGAGGAGAACAUCAAGCCUCGGUUUGAGAAUUGUAAUUAUACGCCGACCGUCACAGAGGAACAGGAACCUGGUGUGCUGGUCCAGAAGGUGACUGCCACAGACCCUAACCGAGGACAGAAUGGAAAGCUGGUAUACUCCAUUACAAGUGUCAAGGAACUGGAUGACAAUCAGGAAAAAAAUUACUUCAGGAUUAACUCAUCAACAGGUGAAAUAUACACAAGGGAGAAACUGGACAGAGAGACGCAGUCUUCCAAGAACUUAUUUAUCACUGUUAAAGUGCAGGAUAAGGGAGGUAACCCACUAGAUGAUUACUGUACGUUCCCCGUCACCAUCCGAGACAUCAAUGACAACAAUCCAGAGUUCGGAAAAUCUCAGUAUGAGGGCCGAGUUUUGAAGUCCGCCACUGACGGGACUAAAGUCUUGACAAUCAAAGCUACGGACAAAGAUUUAGGAGAUAACGCUAAUGUGAAGUACUCUCUGAAGUCUAAUCCUAAUAAUCUGUUCAGCAUAAACCAGGACACAGGAGACAUUGAAGUGGCCGGCUCCCUCCAGUUACCAGAUUCCAGUGUCACAUUAGUUGCCACGGCAACAGAUCAAGGUACUCCACCCCGAAGUACAGAUGUGACCAUAAACAUAGCCCUUACGACAGACUCUGGUGUUCUGCCCCCUCUCUGGAACCCCAUAAAUCCAACUUAUAGGGUCAAGGAGUCUGAGAGUGUAAACUUUGUAAUCGCCUCACUGUCAGCCCAGAAUCGUAUUACCAAUAUCCCUGAUCCUUCACUGAUAUUUAACAUGGUCAUUAACAAGAAUGGACAGACAGAGCUCUCGGACAGAACAGAGAAGUUUAUCAUUCGUAGCAGUGCAGACACGGUCAAUCUUACCAUCCUGGAAAUCCUCGAUUACGAAACACAGAAAGAGUACACGCUCAAUCUCCGAGCCUCUAAUGUUUAUGACUCACCUAUAAACAGUGACAAUUACCCAAAGAUUGUAGUAGAGGAUGCCAACGAUGAGAUUCCAAAAUUUCUCAACAUUGACCCCCAAACAGGAAACAUUGGACUGAGCGUGCUCGAGAAUGAAGAUCCAGGAACUCCAGUCCAAAGUGUCAGUGCUAUUGAUGCUGAUGAAACGGAGAGUUUUAAAAGGGUGACAUAUGCCCUCCAUCCAGAUGGCAGUACCACUACGGAUCAGUUUGAAAUUAACCCUACGACUGGAAUGAUAAGAACACGAGUCCAGUUUGAUCGUGAGACGAAGGAUUUCUACAUCCUAAAGGUUUAUGCAGUAGAUGGCGCUCCAUCCUCCAGAGGAACAUCAGGUGCCCACAAUACAGGCUCCGCUGUUGUUAGAGUAUCUAUUAAGGACGUAAACGACAACAAGCCGUACUUUGAGGAGAGCCUGUAUUUUGCUUCGGUACGUGAAGACUCGUUUACAGGCCAGUCCAUCACUACUAUUGCAGCCAAGGAUUUGGACGAGGCCACUUUCACAUAUUCCCUGUCUGGCUCUAGUCUCUUUGCUGUCAAAUCUGGAACUGGAGAAAUUUAUGUCGCUGGAAGUUUGGAUUACGAGACUGAACCCAAUGUUUACAAUGUGACACUGGUAGUGAAUGAUGGGAAAUUUAGCAGUCAGACCAUGGUACAAAUAUCCAUUAUAGACACCAAUGACAACACGCCAAAGUUUGAUCAGAACACAUAUGACAUCCGAAACCUAGAGGAGGGCAGAGUCUACAACCAAGUCCUAAUUACAGUCCACGCUACAGACCUGGACGUUAACAGAAAUCCCCAGAAUCUGAUUGAGUACUCCCUGUCUCAGGACGAUGCAGUCAUCAAUAGUCUCUUCUCCAUCGACAAAAACAGCGGUGUCAUCACCAUUAAUGGUGAACUGGACCGCGACAAACCAGACGGGCGGGCGGUGUACCAGUUUACGGUCCUCGCCAUUGAUGAGCCCGCGGCUGAGUCACACUUGACUGGUUACGCCACGGUCCGUGUCUUCCCGUUGGACAUCAAUGACAACAGACCCAAGUUUGAUGCUAAUUCUCUGAUUGGCUCAGUGAAUGAAAUGUCAAACCCAGAUGUUUUGGUGAUGACGAUUGUUGCCAAUGACAAUGAUGAAGGAGCCAAUGCCAAGGUUAGUUAUGCUAUCGUAGCGGGAACACAGCUGCCACGCAAUGCCUUCAGAAUUAACAACAUAACAGGGGAAGUCUACACUACUGUUAGGGACCUUGAUCGUGAGAAACAUCCAGUGUACACUUUUGAGGUGGUUGCUAAGGAUGCAGGAGUGCCCCCAUUGUCAGCCACUGCCACGGCAACAGUAAACAUCAAAGACAUAAAUGACAACGAGCCAGUGUUUGAGAAGAAGAUAUACAGGGAGACAAUUCCCGAGACCCAGGAGGGGCUCAUCAUCACCAUCAGGGCUAAUGACCUUGACAUUGAUGACACCCUGUCUUAUAACCUCAUUGGUCUCAAUGACAGGACACAUUUCCAGAUCACAGUGGAUGGACGAGAUGGGCGACUUGAAGUGUACACUAAACCUGACUAUGAGAACCCUGCUCAGCGAUUCUUUAAUCUGACAGCGGAAGUCAGUGAUGGCAGAUUUACAGACAUCGCAUACAUCGAGAUCACAGUCAUUGAUGUGAAUGACGAGAUCCCAAUAAUCACGCCACAAAGUGUAGAGAUCACUAAAUUUGAGAACCUCAAUAUCGGGGAAGUCCUUGCCAAUUUCAGGGCAACAGAUAGAGACGAGGGAACCAAUGGCUUGUUUGACUUCUACGUUUCCCGAAAACCAAUCAGUGAGAAGCCAGACUAUUACUUCAGGAUUACACAGAAUAGGGAUAAUGGAACAGUGUCACUGAAAAAUUCCCUGGAUCAUGAGACACUGACAAAACACAUUGUGAAGAUUCUGGCAAUAGACAGAGGAAUCCCCCCUAACACUGGUACAGCGACCUUGACAAUUAACGUGAAGGACAUAAACGACGAGGACCCGACCUUCAGAGCUGUCCCUGGCCCCAUUCCCAAGGUCGGAGAGAAUAGUCCACCCCAGCAAGUGACAAUUCUUUACGGAGUGGACCCCGAUGGUACCCCUUAUGGAGCCCCGUUUACCUUCGAGGCAGUGUGCAUAGCAUCCAUCUGUGACAAGUUCUCAUUGGAUUUUAAUCCCUCUGGAGACAAUGGAAAUGGACUAGCCACUAUCAGGUCACGAGUGACAUUCAACCGUGAGGACCAGAAGUUCUACUAUCUCCCAAUCAAGAUGACAGACAUGAGAGGACAUCCUGAACAGUCUACAGUGGGUCGGACAGCUACGAGUACGCUGACAAUAGAGAUAGGGGAUGAGAAUGAUAAUCCCCACUCACCGGCACAUCAGAACAUCCACGUGUACAAUUACAAAGGACUGUUUGGUAAUAUUGACAUUGGUCAAGUGUCCGACACAGAUUUGGAUGAUGAUGAUCUGGACGAUAAAACAUUUACCCUUCUUGGUUCACAGCAGGCAAUGCAGUACUUUACUGUAAACAAGAGCUCUGGAAUGAUUCGGAUGUUGGAACAUGUUCCUGCCACAGUCACUGGCUACAACUUACAGGUGGACAUCUUUGACCGGGUGUUUAACACUCUCAAGGUCGUAUCCACGGUAACCGUCUACAUCACUGACUUACCAGAGGAAGCUCCAUAUCGGUCCGGAUCAGUCAGACUUACAGGUACAACUCCAGAGGAUUUUAUAAAGAAGCCACAGACUGGAGAGAGUCCUUAUACAAAAUUCCGACUCCGCAUGAAGGAGAAACUUAAGGUUCCCAAGAUUGACAAUGUUCAGAUUAUCUCCGUACUGAAGACGACUGUGGAUGGGGUGGAUUACACAGACGUGAGGUACGCCGCGUACGGAUCUCCGUACUUCCAGGGCAGUCAGCUGGAUGGCGUCGUAAAUCAGUAUAGAGACGAGUUUCAACAAGACACAGGAGCCACAAUAGCUAUGGUGGGCAUUGACAUGUGUUACCGCGAGGUAUGCGAGGGCGGUGGAUGUGACAACAAACUUGUGGUGUACGAUGAGCCCAACAUGGUGACAACAAAUGGACAGUCAGUUGUGGGAGUCAAAACAGGGGUGGUGGCAGAGUGCGCCUGCACUGUGUCAACCAAUGUCAAAUCGUGUACCCCCGACUAUUGUAUGAACGGUGGGACAUGUAGAAUGAACGACUGGGACGUUAUCAGCUGUGAAUGUCUGGCUGGGUUUGAUGGGCCUCGUUGUCAGGUGACGAAGCAGGGAUUUGACGGGACAGGAUACGCUAUAUACGAACCACUACAACAGUGUGAGAACUCCCUCACCAGCAUAGAAAUCAUCACCACGAAAGCCAACGGUCUGAUCCUUUAUAGUGGACCUGUCACUAAUCUAGACCCUAACGCCCCUCAGGACUUUAUGUACCUCCAGUUAACAGGGGGUUACCCAGAGCUGGUCCUUGACCAUGGGUCAGGGAAUGUGACCUUGACCUUGAAUGGGAGGAACUCACAGGGGCAGCUGAAAAUGAGUCCUCUAAAUGAUGGGACCUGGCAUAAGAUUGACAUCACAAGGCAAGGCAAGUUUGUGACAUUGACAGUAGACCACUGUCUGUCAGCUGAUAGUUCUGACGGUCAGGAUCAGGACAGAAUGCCGUGUGAGAGCAGUGGAUUGACCCGCGGAGAAAACAUCUUCCUGAAUGUGAAUGCACCAUUACAGAUGGGAGGGCGUUAUGUCGACACCAAUUAUCCCAGUGGCGUCAGUAACGAGAAGUUUAAAGGCUGUGUACGGAAUAUGAGGCAUAAUGGAGAGUUGUAUAACUUAUACACUAAGAACUUUUACCCUGGCAGUCGUGAUGGCUGUCCAGAGGAAGAUAACGCCUGUGAGAGUUCUCCUGAUCAACCAAAGAAAUGUGGGGAGAAUGGAAAAUGUGAACUGGUGUCGCUCCCCCAAACCACUCGGUGCAUCUGUAACCCCAGGUACCGUGGUACCAGCUGUGAAACAGUGACUACAGAGAAGUUUUUCCUGACCAAGAGUUACAUGGACUGGGCAUUACAGCAGCAGUUUCAGGCCAGUCUGAACACGAGGAAGAUGGAUGUCCAGCUGAUGUACAGGACUCGGGACAAAAGCGGCAUGAUCUUCCACGUCACUGGCGAGGGCAUUGGAGAGUUCAUAAAACUCGAGAUUGUAGACAAUGUCAUACAAGUCCUGUACAAUCUUGGAGAUGGAAACAAAGUCCUUCAGAUGGUUAAUGUCACAGCAGCAGAUGGAUAUUGGCACACCCUGUACUUCCAGCGCCGAGGACGAAGCAUUAUUUUAUCACAGGAUGGGGGUGAAGGCCCACUGUUUGUUGAGACAAGUGUGGACUCUAAAUACCAGGAACUGACCGUUAAACAGAACCAGAUAUAUGCUGGAGCUGAGGUCAGCUAUGAACACUCCAAGACCAUUGACCAGACUAAUCCCAAAGACCUAGAAAACUCUUGUUUGAAUGACAUCCGUAUGGACAUGAAGUGGUUCCCAAUGACAGCGACAGAGAACAACGACAAUCCUGAUGUAAAGAUGGUGGCAGAGGCAGAGACAACAAAUAACUGUACACGUGAUGACUGUGCAGGAAAUAUAUGCGGAAUGAACGGAAAGAUCUGUGUCCCUCUAUGGGGCAUGCAUAAGUGUGUCUGCCCCCCACACCACCAGGAGAUCGGUGCCACCUGUGUGUUUAUAGAUUAUUGUCAGAAUUCUCCGUGCCACCACCUGGCCACCUGUGUAUCUGAUAAGACAAACACAGAGUUCGGUUAUUACUGUAACUGUGCCCCCAACAUGAGCGGUCGUCUGUGUAAUGUGUACAAAGAGCCGAUCGUGGUGACAGAAGCAUCCAGCUCCAUUUGGAUCAUAAUUCUGGCUGUCAUUCUGAUACUAUUGCUUAUUGCUGUGGCAGUUAUUUUGGCUCUGUAUAUAAGACGACGUAAAGCAGCUGAUCAGGAAAACAUCAUGAACUAUGAAAAAGACGACUACGACAUCCGCGAAAACAUUGUAGAUUACGACGAAGAUGGGGCGGGUGAAGAUGACCACGAGGGAUACGAUAUAAACCGAUUGAGGAAACCAGCGGACAUGACGAGGAUGGAUAAACCAAUCAUGGCGACCCAUAGCAGGCCUCUUAAAUCUGGACCCCCAGGAGGGACUGUUGGGGACUUUAUCACAGAUCGCCUUGACGACACAAACAAUGACCCUGAUGCCCCUCCACAUGACACGCUGCACGAUUUCGAGUAUGAAGGGGAGGGCAGUGAUGCCGGUUCACUGAGUUCUCUAAAUACGUCAUCCUCGGGUGGAGACCAGGAUUACGACUUCCUAAAUGAGUGGGGACCAAAAUUCUCAAAAUUAGCGGACAUGUACAAUAAUUAUGAGGAAGAUUCUGACUGAUAAGGCUAAACUUGAUAAGGCUAUAUGAAAUUUUAUUAAUAUGAUUCAGGAAUGAUAAAAUACCUGUAUAUGUGAUAAAGCUGUAAAAUGAUUAAAAAGGAAAUGAUUGACAGUUACUGUAAACAUGAUUGAUAGUAAUGAAAUUACCAGAAUUAUAUGUACUUUUAAUUGGCAUAUUGAUGCAGUCAUAAUCAAGUAAUAAGAAUUUUGAAUGAACUUUAUCCUUUUAUAUUGAUAUACAUCAAUUUGUUAUAUUAGUAUGGAAAAAUCGCAACUUAUUUAAUACUCUGUAUCGGCCAGGCAUAUCAACAAAGAUUAUUACAAAAUCAGGAAUUGAUUCAGAAAUCAACAUUUAUAUUUUGAUUAAACACAAUAAAUUAUAAUUUGAUUUAAAAUUUGAACAAUAUGCACUGUUUAUGUUUAGAUUAUAAAAUACUCAUUUGAUAUUGUAACCAUUUAUACAUCAAAGCAUGAGAUUCCUACAUAGAGAUCAAACCUUUACAUACAUGUAUAACAUUUUAUACAGUUUUUAUAUUGUGUUGUACAGUCCAUUAUGAAUGGCUGAGAUAUCUGUAUUUUUGUGUUAAUCAGUCAACUGUCUCUACUGACACUAAUUUGGAGGUCGCUCGGGGUCAUGUAUAAGAGGUCAUUAUGUGUGUUGCUAGGUGUCAUCGUCAUGGUAACCUUGUAAACAUACUGUGAUAAUCAUGUAUUGUCUUUUAUCAUUUGUAUAUAUAAUAAUAUCAGUGCUAUGUACAUGUUUAAUUUCUAUCAUGGUUCAUUGCCUUGAAUGAGUUUGUAAGAAAGAAAUGAAUGUAUUUUUUAAAGCACAGAUUCUUGCAUGUAAUGAUUAGUGGAUCCAUUGGACAUUUUAUGCAUGUAUGAAAGUAAGCUGUAUACACAAGUGUAAUAGAUUUAAUAUAAGUGUUCUUUUCCGUGAGUUUUCUUAAUUUUGUACCCACUCAUCACAUCAGGGUUGUGGUAUGUCAUGGUAGAACACACUUUUUUUUUCAUUAGAAAUCCCUCAUCAAUUUUGUAGGUAGCUAAUAGGUUACAUUCCAGUAUACAUGUAUAAGCAUAUCAAGGACUUUUAUCUGUAAGGUUGUGCAAGAAUUUUUAUCAUGUGUUAUCACAGAUAAUUUUUGUAGUUGAAAGUCAUAAUAUUUUUCUAUUCAGUAUUGUUUAAUAUAAUGUAAAUUAUUGUCAAAAAUAUUUUAGAAAAUAAAUUUUUCAACACAAA